CUUUCUCCAACACUUUGGAGGAGUGUUGAGUUGAAUAAAGUGCUAGCUGCUAUCAUUGAGACUCUGGCAUCUCCAGGGGACCCUUUUAACACAGUGAUGGCUUUAGAGCUUUAGUGUGAACUGUGUGCGAUCAGUCCGAGGAAAGGAAAAAGGUCCCCAUGGGCUUGUUGUGGCUGCUGCUGUCUGCUUUCUAUUUGCAUGAUAUUCCCCCCCACACACAUUUUUUUUCCAGCCUUAUCAACCCUUGGCUGUGAGGAAGGGAGCGCUGGCUGCCGUUUCAGAGGUUGGACCCAAGCUUUAUCAGCAGGCACAUCACUUGGAUGGUACUAUGACGCUGGAAACAUUUGAGCGCUCAUAAGGACGCAUAAACUUUGAGAUUUCACAGGACAAUCCACGGGUGGGAUGAAGAAUUAAAGUCUAGAAGAGUUUGUGGCAGGAUGUCUAAACCAAUGGAUCACGUCAAACGCCCGAUGAACGCCUUUAUGGUCUGGUCCAGAGCCCAGCGCAGGAAAAUGGCCCAGGAGAACCCGAAGAUGCACAACUCUGAGAUCAGCAAGCGGCUGGGAGCGGAGUGGAAACUUCUCACCGAGUCCGAGAAAAGGCCGUUCAUUGACGAAGCCAAGCGGCUCAGGGCGAUGCACAUGAAGGAGCAUCCAGACUACAAGUACAGACCGAGGCGGAAGCCUAAAACUUUGAUGAAGAAAGAUAAGUUUUCCUUCCCGGUGCCGUAUAAUCUCGGGGAGCACGACGCGCUCAAAGUUAGCGGACUUUCCGCCGGCGCGCUUUCCGAGUCCGUCAUUGGAAACCCGGACAAAGCGGCUGCGGCUGCGGCCGCCGCAGCUGCCAGGGUCUUCUUCAACCCCUCCAUGUCUACGAACCCCUACUCGUUUUUCGACCUGGGAUCCAAGAUGACCGAGCUUUCCCCUCCUUCGUUUCCUUACGCGUCUCCUCUGGGCUACCCGCCGGGAGGCGCGUUCACCGGGACCGGAGGAGUGGGCGGUGGGACGCACACCCAUACUCACUCUCAUCCAUCUCCGGGUAACCCGGGCUACAUGAUCCCAUGUAACUGUACAGCCUGGCCCUCGGCGGGGCUGCAGCCGCCCUUAGCCUACAUCUUACUGCCCGGAAUGGGGAAACCUCAGCUUGAACCUUAUCCUGCAUAUGCUGCGGCGUUAUGAUAGUCCCGCUUCAGAAAGGUGACUGAUUUGUCCAUGCAAGAUUUUUUUUAAGUUAUGCAUGCAAAAAAAAAAGAAGAAAAAAACAAAAACUUGUACAUGUGAUGAAGUGCUCGUCCUCUCAAAUAUCACAUGUUUAUGUACAUUGAUUAAUGCCUUUAUCUAAGGUAAUGCUUAUUUUAGAGAACUCUCUACUCCAUAUUGUCCAGCCAAGAAGAUGACUGAACAAGGAGCACGGAUUUAAGCUAUUGAGCAUCUUUUUCAACUGCAGGACAAACCUGUUGGAAUCAUGACCAACUUGUCACCCCCCUCCUCUCAUCAGGACCACAACUGUUUACUUUCAGAUGAGGAGAGGGUGGGGGGAUUAGUGGAUCAAUGAGGAGGACUGCCCCAACACUGUAAAUGUAAAUGUGUACAGAUCCCAAAAAUGACUUAGCUUAUUUGCCGUUAUAGGCUUUAGUGUUUGAAAAACUCCAGUAGAAACACAGUGUAUAUAUUUUGAGUUUUUUUUAAAACUGUUUUAUAGAUGUCUGUGAUAUUUAUUGUUUUAGUGGAAUCUAUGGUAAGCCAGACAAUUAAAAAAAGGAGAUUUGCACAUGAAAUUCAAAAGAUGUAAUUUAUUUCAAAGCUUUCUUUUUUUUAAGUGGGGGGUAAAAAAGUUUGGAAGGAGUUGGAGAUUUAUUAUUUUUUCCACUUCCCACUCCUUGUCAUGUGCAGCAAGAAAAAAAGGAGUUCCUUUUUAACUAACUCAUAUUGAAUUUGUAUGUUUUGUGUUUUCCUUUAACAUCCCAUUAUGUACAUCAAACUAUUGUUGAGCAAAAGGACUACAAUAAAACCUAUUCGGAUUAAAUGGAAGGGAAAUGCAGACUGUAUAGUUCUUGAUGAGAUGAACAAGAUUGGUAUCUUUUCUCUUUUUUUCCCUACCUCCUCCUGCUCCUGCCUCCUCAGUCCAGCCCAGGUGAAGUGUAAGGUAUCCUCCAAAGGCCGCUUUUGUCCGCACGUUGAAUGGCAAUACAGGGUAGGGGGGUGGAUGAGGGGGGAAUCUAAAUAAGCCCAUUGUUAUCAAGAGCCAAAACCUUAUUUAUCACAAUUUUAAUCGGAAGAUGAAACUGUUUGCUGCUCUAAGCUUUCGUUUCCCAUGCAGGGAGAAAAAAAAAAUCUGGAGAAGACGGUGGGAAUCAAGCUUCUCUUUGCAGCUCUACAUUAACCGGAGUGUGAGAGGAAAAACAAAAUAGGUUUAAUUUAAAUUAAAGUGUGCACCACAGGGUGUGUGUGUGUGUGUGUGUGUAAGGGAGAGUGUGUGAAGCAGGUGGGCACUGUUUGAAUCUCUCAGCAACAUGUUAAGAAUCAAUCUGAAGUGAGCUGCCUCUUCUAGAUUACACUGAGAGAUUAAUUCAUAAGGAUCAGAGCGAUUAUGCAAAACUAAUUUGGACAGUCCAGGGAUAAUUAUCUCCGACACGGUUAAUUAAACCUUUUCAGCACUUUGCUCUCCAUUGUGACAUCUCGAUCCCUUCUCUCCAUGGAACUUCCUCCUCCUUGGCCCCUAUAAGGAUGCACAGUCCAAGCUUUCAGUUUAUUCUAAGGCCUAAAAAGUAGAGAAGUGGCUACUUGU